GGGCGGGGAUCACUGAGAAAGCGGUGCAGGUCUGCGGCACGAGCGCAGGAACCGAAGGGGGCGUCAACUCUCAAGGCAAAAAAACAACAACAAACAAACCGAUAAAACUUUUAUUUUACGCAACAGCAGCAGCCAGAACGGCGUCACACCGGUGCCAGCUCUCUCACCUCUUUUAUCGCCUGAAUUAAAAGCUGUCUUGCUCCCCAAAUGGCCAGCCCUGGUUCGGAUGCUAGACGGCAGCAACAUCAUCCGCACAGCGAGGCCGCCCCCGAACCGGCUGUGCGCGAGGCCCGGAAAUGGAUAGAGGCAGUCACUGGCAGAAGUUUCGGUGAGGACUUCAGAGGCAGCCUGGACAACGGAAUCCUGUUGUGCGAGUUGCUCAGUUCGAUUAAGCCUGUCCUUGUAAAGAAGAUCAACAGGUUGCCUACUCCUCUAGCUGGGCAAGACAACUUGGCACUCUUUUUGAAAGGCUGUGAGGAGUUGGGAUUGAAAGGCUCUCAGCUGUUUGACCCAGGAGAUCUACAGGACACACGCACCACCCGAGGCUCAGACUGCAACAAGAGGCUGAAAAAUGUUCUGAUUACAAUCUAUUGGCUGGGCCGGGCAGCCAAUAGCAGUGCCACAUAUAACGGGCCCACUCUGGAUCUAAGUGAGUUUGAAGGGCUGCUCUCACAGAUGCGAAAGGAGGUAGAGGACUGGGACAGCCCAAAGCGCAGCAUUAGGGAUAGUGGUUACAUCGAUUGCUGGGAGUCAGAGCGCAGUGACUCUCUGUCGCCGCCCAGGCACACCAGAGACGACUCUUUUGACAGUCUGGACUCCAUCGGCUCUCGCUCACGCCACACGCCCUCUCCGGAUGGCCUGUUUGCUCGCAGCUCCAGCGAUGGCCGUGGCAGCGACUCGGAGUGUGACAUCCCUUACAGGAAGCUACCGGAUAUGCGGCGAGAUGACAUGCUGAUGCGGCGAACAUCAUACAGUGAACCGCGUACCGCAGUGCCCUUUAAUCAGUACCUGCCUAACAAAAGCAACCAGUCAUCAUAUGUGCCCAUUCCUUUGCGUAGACAGCGCACAGAGCGCGAGGAGAGCUGCAAGAGCUGGAGCAGUGCCACCUCACCGAUAGGAGGAGAGAGAUCUUUCAGAUUUGGCUGCAGUGAUAGUGUAUUUGAUGACCCUGAGAGUGUGAGUAUGAUUGACGUGAGGACUGAGGAUGACGGCCUGCUCUCUCCUCACAGUCAGGUUCGACACGAGCUGAUGCACGGCCAGUAUAACAGGAUAAAGGAGGAGGACAGCCAGUGGCAGGAUGACCUGGCACGGUGGAAGAGUCGCAGGAGAAGUGUGUCUCAAGACCUGAUAAAGAAAGAGGAAGAGAGAAAGACGGUGGAAAGACUGCUGGGCCGAGUUGAAGGCACGCAGAGGCGGAAGAGCUUUAAGACCUACAGGGAGAUAGUGGAAGACAAGGAGCGUCGUGAGCGAGAACUUCAUGAGACUUACCUGAAAGCUCGAACUCCAGAGGAGGCAGCUGCUGUACUACAUCACUACGCCCAGCGCUUCAGUAUCAGCGAAACAGUGCUGGAGCACCUCAAACUACCCCGUGUUCUCGAGCGUAGUAUCUCUGCUGACCCCACGCACUCUAUAUCUUCCUCCAAUGACCCCGUCUUCACCUCUUCUUCCUCCUCAUCCUCCAAUCCACUGCAGUACCUUCGUCAGCAAUCCCUGCCUGCACAAAAGUUCACCACAACUGUGGAGGCCCAGGUGGCAGGAUACAGGGCAGAUCAUGUGGCUGUGGGACGGGAAGGAGGAGGUUCAGGGGCAACUCUUUCAAGCAGGAACAUCCCAUUACUUAGUGCCAAAACUUUCAGCCAUGACAGAGCAGCCAAGCGGGAUGAAAUGGAGCGAGUUAAUGGAGAAACGGACAACGACCACAAUCCCGAAGACAAGCAAGAAUGGGGGAAUAAAACAGAAAGGAAAAAUGAUGCUGAAAAAGAGCACACUGGAGAUUUGUCUUCUUUGCUGUUUUAUCCAUCUCCUUCCCAGAACGUUGACUCUGACAUUACAGAAAUAGAGGCGUCGAGCUGUCUGUCCUCAGACAAACAAGCAGUCUCACACACGCCCGCACACACUCUGGACGUAGACACAGCAGACUCCGAGUCAGUAGAGGAGAGUAGCUUGGUGCCAGGAUCUGAGAGACAGGAAAAAGAGGACACACAGCAAGAAGAAACAUUUAGUCGGCCCACCUUCUUACCUAUGCAGUCACAGCCUGAAGAAGAGGCAGUUCCUCUAGUCGAGGGUAUACCUUCAACACAAAAACAAAAGGAGCACCAAGCAGAAGAGAAUGAGAGCUGUCCAGAAGAGCCUCCAGUGGAGACCACUGACUCCGUAGCAGUCAGUCCAACUCAACUCGGCCCACAAGCCUCAACUCUCAUAAACACUACUGAUAACCAGGCCAGUAAACCAAUCCUGGAACCCUCAGAUAGAAGUGCAAACCCACCAGCCCCAUCCAGUCUAGAACACACAACACCCAAAUUUGUCCCUGGACUCCCUGUAACAGAGCUGGCCAACAGUGCCCAGCUAGCAAGGUUGUCUAGUAACCCUAAGUUACGCUGGGACUUCUUCACUUCACCAGAACCUGUCGAGAAACAUCAUGGAAAUGUGGCUCCUAUGGGUUUGAAUCUGGUGAAGCGGGGUGAGCACUUUUCAUGGGAUCCCGAAGAAGAGCGAAAACGGCAAGAAAAAUGGCAGCAAGAGCAGGAACGCAUGCUUCAGGAGAAGUACCAGCGUGAGCAGCAGAGGCUGAAGCAGGAGUGGGAGAGAGCCCAGAAGGAAGUGGAGGAGGAAGAGAGAAGAUACCACGAAGAGGAGCGUAAGAUUCUUGAAGAAACAGUGGCUCCUCUGACGCCCAACUCUCCUCUGCCAUCCUCUCCCUGUUAUAAGAAAUCUGCUCUCACACAGAAAAACAUUGUUCAUGACUGGGAACACAAGCAAAUGCAGUUAGAGAAACAGAUGAUGGAAACUUUGGAGAAUGGGAGGCAAAUGGAAAAUAGGAGGAAAGAACCAACAAGGACAAACAGUUCUCCAAUGCCAAGCUAUGACCAGUUACUGGGCCAGACUAAUGGACAACGUGGAGGAGGAGCAGUGGGGCAUAACAAGGUUCCUGAACACCCCUAUACCAGUCAGGAUGCCUCAUGGAGCAGCAAGCAGAUUCAGCAGCAUGCUUCAUCACAGCCCUGGCAAAAGGCUGCUCCUCAGGACAGUAACAAAAAUAUCCAACCAGCGCCUGGUAGUCGUAGAAGGUCUGGUUCCAUUGAAAAUGCUGGUGCAAAGUCAUCACAGUCAAUCUCACACACAGACACACAACCUCCAUCACCAAACAGAUCUGUGAGUGGGAAGAAGCUGUGUUCAAGUUGUGGUCAUCCACUUGGUAAAGGAGCAGCAAUGAUUAUUGAGACUCUCAGCCUUUACUUCCACAUCCAGUGCUUUAAGUGUGGGGUCUGUAAGGGACAGCUAGGUGACACCUCUACAGGAACAGAUGUAAGGAUCAGGAACGGUCUGCUCAACUGUCAUCAGUGCUACAUCCGCUCUCGCUCUGCUGGUCAGCCCACCAACUUGUGAGCAGGUAUUAUGAUUUGGGAAAACCUAAACAACCCAUCACAGCUUCUAAAAAUCAUCCAGUGCUUGUUGGGCUAUUCGCAUCUUCACCCUCACUGAGACCAAUGCAAGAUUUCCAAGUCAAGGCUAAUUUGCUAUUUUAUAUAUCUUCUGAUAAGUGUGUCAAAAGCCUGGUGCUUUUUUCAAGGAAGAAAUAAUCAAUGUCCACCCAGCUGGUCAAUAAAGUUCUGCAAAUGGUAGACCUUUUAGAAAACAGAUGGGUUUUAAAUUAAUACAGAACAUUCCACUCACGCUCACACUAAAACCAGCACACUAUAGAUAAAAGUCUGCUGGUAAAUCAAUGAGAUGCCUAUCAUCAUUUUUGGAUGUUGAAAAGAAUCACAAAUCUAACGUCUUUGAAUGUUUUAUCCAUCACUAUGUGAAAAUAUGGUGUAUACCAUUAAAAUCUCUGUGAUUGCAAUGUUUAUCUUGAUUAUGCAGGAUUUACUUGGUGCAGUGGUAAUCCAGUCUGUACUAGUUGGGUGCCUAUUUAUGGAAAAUACCAUGAAGAAAAUGUAAGCCAGUGCAAACUGUUGAAAAUACAGAAGAAAAAAACACCAACAUUAGCACACCAUUUUUUAAAAUCCUUCCAUGUCAGUAAAAAAUGAGGAUUUAGAGCUGGUUUAUCUAAUCUGAAUCAUGCUUCACCUCUGAUGCUGCUCCUCCUUCAUCUUCUAUCAUGGUCUUCAUAAUGGCGGGAAGCUGGCCAUAAUUAUAGCUGGGAAGCAGACCAUAAUCGUGGCUGCACCUGAUCGAUAGACAUCCAUUUCCCCCUUUGCAUUUCCUGGGCUGAAGGGGAAAAUUGUCCUCAUGUACCAAGUAAAGGUUUCGUAGUUUCGACUGAUUAAGUAAAGCUCAUGUAUACCAACUGCUUUUGUGGUGACAAAAGCAAUUACAUAUGUCUUAAGGUCAUUUUAAGAUAAUUUUGGUUUAUUAGUGGAAGGUAUAUUAAUGCAUUGAAACAAUGUGCCUUAGAAUGAAUGAUUGCACAAAAAGCAGCUUGAGAUAUCAAAUCCAAAGGCCUUUGUCUUUAGACAGGACAAAGUAACAUUUUUUGGCCACAGAGAAGGAACAUUUAAGAGGGAAAUUUAAAAAACAAAAUAUCUUUUUCUGCUCUCUGCAUAUUGCAAUGUGUAACCCCUGUUCUCUCAAAAAUAAAGGUUUCAAGGGUGUACUUUUCCUUUGUCUGGAAUGGUAAUAUAAAGAGCACUGAUUUUUUUUUUUUUUUACCUUCAGUAACUUUCAAUGGGACACAUGAAUAUAUUAUGCUUAAUAAUAUCUAAUAACACCAUAUAAAACAUAAUUUGACUGUUGUAAAUUUCAUACUCCUUUCCACUUCAAAGAUAACAUAUUAAUGUACAAAAUAAUGUACUUUUGACUGUUCCAACCCAAUGACAAGGAAAAGUGAGUUUGGAACCUUUAUUUCUAAGAGUAUACUUUAGACGUAUUUUGUAAACCCGGUGAUCUGUAUAUGAAUGAAUGAAAAAACACCUGAGGGUUUCUGCACACAAAUAGCAACACCAGGCUUAUGUUUAUUUUAGAAACGGUUUAUAAUCUGCCUAGACACCACUCCACUAGCAAUGCUUAGCAUAGCUUUUUCCACGAUAUGUACCUGAACAUAAGGGCAGAAAGCUCAAAAGCUUCAAAAAUCAAUUAAUGUUAAGCUUUUGAGAAUUUUGAUCACUGAACAUUAAAUAUGCUCUCAUAAUUUCUUGUAUAGUCGGUGUUCUGCGCUUUGGCUCUGGAUGUGUAGCUAUUAGUCACAACAGGCAUAGAGGCUACAUACAAAGCAGGUGCAGUUUGAUAUGGUCUAGGAUGAAUGACCUACCUUGGAAAUGCAAUCAAAUCUAAGGUAUAUUUAUUGUUAUCUUCAAAUGUACACUAUCCGAACAUAGAUUACUUUGUUGUUCCAAUGCGAUGGCUUUACAGUAUACUCUAUGUUUUUAAAUAAAACUCCUUAAAAAGAG